AUGACCAACUCAGGGGACAUGGACCCGGACGAGUUGAGGGACUUCCUGAGACGGCUGAGUGAGAGUGCCGAGAGUGGGAAAGAGCUCCAGCCAAACCAUUGCGAGAAAAACCCCGUUCCGGCGUCGAGCAAUCGGUCAACGAGGAGAAGCCGAGAGCCGGCAAGAAGGGCAUUUUCGAUUGAUUUUUACCACAAGUUUAAAUUAUUGUUA